AUGCCCUUUCCUGAUCAGGUGUCUUAUGUGAAAAGCAACAAGUUAGGAGAUGCUGUUCUAGGCUCUAUUUCAGUAGUUAUUCCUCAUCUAGAUGAAAGUUUACUCCCCCCCCCCACUUGUUUUGCAGAGAUUCGAGCCCAACUUAUCGAACAACUGAAAUGUCUUGAUCAGCAAUGUGAACUUAGAGUCCAACUGCUUCAGGAUUUGCAGGAUUUUUUUCGCAAGAAAGCUGAAAUUGAAAUGGAUUACUCCAGGAACUUGGAGAAGCUGGCUGAACGAUUUCUUGCAAAAACAAGGAGCACCAAAGACCAGCAAUUCAAGAAGGAUCAGAAUGUUCUUUCUCCUGUCAAUUGCUGGAAUCUCCUCUUGAAUCAGGUGAAGAGGGAGAGCAGGGACCACACUACUUUGAGUGACAUCUAUCUGAACAACAUAAUCCCUCGGUUUGUUCAAGUCAGUGAAGACUCUGGACGACUUUUCAAAAAGAGUAAAGAAGUUGGGCAGCAGCUCCAAGAAGACCUGAUGAAAGUCCUGAAUGAGCUCUACACGGUAAUGAAGACCUACCACAUGUACAAUGCUGACAGCAUCAGUGCUCAAAGCAAGCUGAAAGAGGCAGAGAAACAGGAAGAAAAACAGAUUGGUAAGUCUGUGAAGCAAGAGGAAAAGCAAACUCCACGCUCCCCUGAUUCAGCCUCCAGUGUCAAGUUUGAAGAAAAGCAUGUCCGACGGAGCUCAGUCAAGAAGAUUGAGAAGAUGAAAGAGAAGCGCCAAGCAAAAUACACAGAAAAUAAACUGAAGGCUAUUAAGGCAAGAAAUGAAUAUCUGCUGGCUCUGGAAGCCACCAAUGCAUCUGUAUUCAAGUAUUAUAUCCAUGACCUGUCUGAUCUCAUUGAUCAGUGCUGUGACCUAGGGUAUCAUGCCAGCCUUGGUAGGGCACUUAGGACAUUCCUAUCAGCAGAGCUCAAUCUAGAACAAUCAAAGCACGAGGGCCUGGAUGCCAUUGAGAAUGCUGUUGAAAACCUGGAUGCCAACAGCGACAAGCAGCGCCUGAUGGAAAUGUGUAACAGUGUCUUCUGCCCACCGAUGAAGUUUGAGUUUCAGCCCCAUAUGGGUGACAUGGUAUUCCAGCUAUGUGCCCAGCAACCAGUGCAGAGUGAGUUGGUACAAAGAUGUCAGCAGCUGCAGUCUAGGCUGUCCACUCUGAAGAUUGAAAAUGAAGAGGUUAAAAAAACAAUGGAAGCCACACUGCAGACUAUUCAGGAUAUUGUCACUAUUGAAGAUUUUGAUGUAUCUGAUUGCUUCCAGUAUAGCAAUUCUAUGGAGUCUGUAAAAUCAACAGUUUCUGAAACAUUCAUGAGCAAGCCAAGCAUUGCCAAGAGACGGGCCAAUCAACAGGAGACAGAACAGUUCUACUUCACAAAAUUGAAGGAAUAUCUGGAAGGGAGGAAUCUCAUCACCAAGCUCCAGGCCAAGCAUGACCUCCUUCAGAAGACUCUGGGAGAAAGUCAAAGAACUGACUGCUCUCUUGCAAGCAGACGCAGUUCUACUAUAAGAAAGCAGGAUUCCAGCCAAGCAAUUCCUUUGGUAGUAGAGAGCUGUAUACGAUUCAUUAGCAGACAUGGACUCCAGCAUGAAGGAAUAUUCAGGGUAUCUGGAUCUCAGGUUGAGGUGAAUGAUAUAAAAAAUGCAUUUGAGAGAGGUAAGAGCAGUUGUGUUUGCCUCUGCGUUUGCUUUUGUGCUUCAGGAUUUAAGAGACGCUAAAACUGAAGUUGCAAAUGAAGAUGACAUCUUCUUUUCCAUGCUUGUCAUGCUGCUGUAAUGGCUAUAAGCAGAGUAUAUUUUCCACAUCCCUGCUCCCCACCCCCACCCCAGUGCUCAGUAACCUUUGGUAUCUAAAUCCCUUAGGUUUCUGCUUCUUGUCACAUCACGAUAUAAACUUUUCAGACUGAAGGUGUAUGGAAUUUCCAAAAGGCCUUAUAACUUAUUUUUAAUUGCUUUAAGUUAUGACAUUUUCAUAAGUAAAUGGGAUAGUUACAGCAGAAAGUUCAUGAACGAAAAGUUUUAAUGGUUGCUGAUAGAAGGGAUAGCUCUUCAAAUCUGGCAUAGGUUUCCUCACAUUCUUUUGUCCCCCAAAGCUCCCACAUCACAUCC